AUCUCGAUUCACAACAACGGCUACUUUGACACUUGCACCUGCUGUCGCCUGCCAUGGCUCAGAAUCACCACUCUACAGGUGACUUCACAAACAUGUCAUCCAGCAAUCAAGUGUUCUCAAGUACAACAUCGUCUACACAGAACAAUGAAUCGACCUCCCAAUCACAACACCAUACAACCCGGAUAAGCGAGCCGGCCAACCCUUUUGACGGCAUCCUCCGAACAGAAUCUGGACGCGAAACGUAUUAUCCUGACGGCCAGCAGUCUUCUGAUGGCACACAUGUGCAGCGCCCAACCUCAAGUGGUAGCUAUGUGUUCUUCCCAAACACGUCUAGCAGUCAUACAGCGGGCGGACUAGCUGCGGGGGUUGGCGCUGGCGCUGGCGCCGGCCUCUUCAACAGUGCGAAGCACGAAGAGACUCGUGAUGACCAGUAUCUUCACAACGGAGCAGAAGACCAAGAGCCUCUCGAAAAGGUAGCAACACGAAGCUCAAGUAACUCUUCAUUCACGCACUAUGGCUCCAAUGGCCAACGUCACAGCCGGAAAGGGACCAAAGCCUCGGAGACCGACGACAGUGAUGGCUCUCCCAUGGAGCGCACAGCCACAAGGCCUGAAAUCGACGAUUCCGAGAGGAGAGACCUGCAGCGAGCCCUCACCAGCAUGAGCAUGGCUCGGCAAGUGACAACGGGUCGCAGCAUUGCAGAGCCAGGCGACCCAUCUAUGGAUCCCUCCAGUGAUUCUUUCGACCUCAAGAAGUUUUUACGCUCUUUCAGAUCCUAUCUUGAGGAAGAGGGCGUCGAGAUGAAGCAGCUCUCUGUGGUCUACAAAGAUCUGAACGUGUACGGAUCCGGCGCCGCAUUGCAACUACAAAAGACCGUCACAGACAUGCUGAUGGCGCCAAUCCGCCCGCAGGAGUUCAUCAGUUUUGGAAAGAAGGAGCGCAAGCAAAUCUUGCACAGCUUCGACGGUAUCAUCAAGGCCGGUGAGCUUUGCGUGGUCCUUGGUCGACCCGGAUCUGGCUGUUCGACCCUCCUCAAAGCACUGACUGGAGAGCUUCAUAGCCUCGAUGUUGACGAGUCUGUAAUUCACUACAACGGAAUCGAGCAGCAGAAGGUCAUUAAGGAGUUCAAGGGAGAGACAGUUUACAACCAGGAGGUUGAUAAGCAUUUCCCACAUUUAACGGUCGGCCAGACUCUCGAAUUCGCCGCCGCCGUGCGUACUCCAUCACACCGUCCUCACGAGACCUCUCGCAAAGACUUUGCCAAAUACAGUGCGCAGGUCGUUAUGGCUGUACUCGGUUUGAGCCACACCUAUAAUACUAAAGUUGGCAACGACUUCGUGCGCGGGGUCAGUGGUGGAGAAAGGAAGCGUGUCUCCGUGGCGGAGAUGCUCCUCGCAGGUGCCCCUCUCGCGGCUUGGGAUAACAGCACGAGAGGUCUAGACUCGGCGACCGCGCUGAAGUUUGUUCGCUCGUUGCGUAUCGGUUCUGAUAUGACCGGUGGCGCUGCUGCUGUCGCAAUCUACCAGGCCUCCCAGAGUGUCUACGACUGCUUUGACAAGGCUGCGGUCCUGUACGAAGGCCGUCAGAUCUACUUUGGCCCGGCCCACAAGGCGCGUAGCUUCUUCGAACGUCAGGGCUGGUACUGUCCCCCUCGCCAGACCACGGGUGACUUCCUGACCGCUGUUACAAAUGCCGAUGAGCGACAGCCCGCAAAGGGCUUUGAGAACAAGGUCCCCCGUACACCAGAGGAGUUUGAAAAAUACUGGCGCGACUCACCAGAGUACCAGAAGCUGAUGAAGGAGAUUCAGGCAUUUGAACAAGAGAACCCUGUUGGCGAGCAUUCGACACUUCAUGAGUUCCGUCAAAAGAAGAACUACAUCCAGGCAAAGCACGCCCGUCCCAAGUCUCCAUAUCUUAUCAGCAUUCCCAUGCAGAUCAAGCUCAACACCACUCGAGCGUAUCAGCGAAUUUGGGGCGACUUCGCUUCCACUGCUACUCAAGCGAUGCUUAACCUAAUCAUUGCACUCAUCGUCGGUUCUAUCUACUUUGGACACUCGCAAGGCACAGGCUCUUUUCAAGGCAGAGGUGCCGUUCUGUUCCUGGCUAUUCUGUUCAACGCAUUGACCUCCAUUGGUGAAAUCAGCGGGCUGUACUCUCAAAGACCCAUCGUCGAGAAGCACAACUCGUAUGCAUUCUACCACCCAGCGACAGAAGCUAUAGCAGGUAUUGUCGCAGACAUACCGGUAAAGUUUUUGCAAGCUACUGUGUUCAACAUUGUGUUGUACUUUCUCGCUCAGCUUCGGUACACACCUGGUCAAUUCUUCCUCUACUUCCUGGUCACUUACAUCGCAACUUUUGUCAUGGCUGCUAUUUUCAGAUCAACAGCUGCUCUGACAAAAACGGCAUCACAAGCCAUGGCACUCGCAGGUGUUUUGGUGCUGUUCCUCGUUAUCUAUACCGGUUUCGUUAUUCGUAUUCCAUCCAUGCACCCGUGGUUUUCUUGGAUUCGAUGGAUCAACCCAGUGUUCUACGCUUUUGAAAUUCUUGUGGCCAACGAGUUUCACGGAGUCCAGUUCCCUUGCGACCAAUUCAUUCCAGCGGGACCAGGUUAUACACAGACCGGCAAUUCGUUCAUUUGCAACUCGCAAGGCUCGGUCGCUGGGCAGACCUUUGUUUCUGGCGACGACUUCAUUGCCGUCGCGUAUGAGUAUUCGUGGUCUCACGUCUGGCGCAACUUCGGUAUCCUGGUCGGCUUCUUGAUCUUCUUCAUGGUCAUUUACUUCAUCGCUGUUGAGGUCAACUCGUCAACCAGCAACACUGCUGAGCAGCUUGUGUUCCAGCGUGGCCAUGUUCCCGCUUACAUGCAGGAGAAGGGUGGCAAGCAGUCUUCAGAUGAGCAGUCUGCGAAGCCCGCUGCUGCUACCAAAAGCGGAGAGGGUGAUGUCAGCGCCGUUGAGGAGUCAAAGGGCGUGUUCACAUGGAGAGAUGUGGUCUAUGACAUCGAGAUCAAGGGAGAACCUCGACGACUCUUGGACCAUGUAUCAGGCUAUGUCAAGCCUGGAACAUUGACGGCCCUCAUGGGUGUCAGUGGUGCCGGAAAAACGACUCUCCUUGACGCGCUCGCUCAGCGUACCACGAUGGGCGUGAUUACAGGUGACAUGCUGGUGAACGGAAAGCCUCUCGAUCCUAGUUUCCAGCGCUCUACAGGCUACGUCCAACAGCAAGAUCUCCAUCUUGAAACCAGCACUGUCCGCGAGGCGCUCCGCUUCUCUGCUUAUCUGCGCCAGCCGAAGUCGGUACCUAAGCAGGAGAAGUACGACUACGUUGAAGAGGUUAUCAAGAUGUUGAAUAUGGAAGAUUUUGCGAACGCAGUUGUGGGUGUGCCUGGCGAGGGCCUCAAUGUUGAGCAGCGUAAGCUCCUCACUAUUGGCGUUGAGCUGGCUGCCAAGCCUAAAUUGUUGCUCUUCCUGGACGAACCUACCUCUGGACUUGAUAGUCAGAGCUCCUGGUCUAUUGUUUCCUUCCUCCGCAAGCUUGCAUCUGCUGGCCAGGCCAUCUUGUGUACCAUCCAUCAGCCUAGUGCCAUCCUUUUCCAGGAGUUUGACCGUCUGCUAUUCCUGGCCAAAGGAGGAAAGACUGUCUACUUUGGCGAGAUUGGAGAGAACUCACGCACACUGUUAGAGCACUUUGAGAACAAUGGUGCUCGCAAAUGUGGCGAGGAUGAGAACCCUGCCGAGUACAUGCUCGAGAUCGUCAACGCUGGCAAGAACAAUCAAGGCGAAGACUGGUUCAACGUGUGGAAGCAGAGCAACGCAGCCCAGCAGGUGCAGCGCGAGAUCGAUCAGAUCCACGAAGAGACUCAACACUCGGAUCUGAACAUCGCCGAGGAGACAGGUGGCACCGAGUUUGCCAUGCCCAUCUGGACCCAGGUUUGGGAGUGCACAUACCGUGUGUUCCAGCAGUACUGGAGAAUGCCUGAAUACGUCCUCGCCAAGAUCCUUCUUUGUGUCGUCGCUGGUCUCUUCAUUGGUUUCUCAUUCUAUGGUGCCGACAGCACUCAAGCUGGCAUGCAGAACAUCAUCUUCAGUGCCUUCAUGCUGACCACCAUAUUUUCCUCGCUCGUGCAGCAAAUCCAGCCGCUCUUUAUUACUCAGCGCAACCUUUAUGAGAGUCGCGAACGCCCCAGCAAGGCCUACUCUUGGUUCGCUUUCAUGGUCGCGAACAUCGUGGUCGAGCUGCCAUACGGAAUAGUCGCUGGUGUCCUCAUGUUUGCGUCGUUUUACUACCCCGUGGUUGGUGCUGGACAGUCCAGCGCACGCCAGGGACUGGUUCUCAUGUUCUCCAUUCAACUUCUCGUCUACACGUCAUCUUUUGCGGCUAUGACUAUUGCUGCGCUGCCCAAUGCAGAGACAGCCUCCGGAUUGGUAUCCCUGUUGACUCUGAUGUCCAUUUUGUUCAACGGUGUUCUGCAAACACCCGGCAACCUUCCAGGAUUCUGGCUGUUUAUGUACCGGGUUUCGCCUUUUACGUACUGGAUUGGUGGUCUUGUCUCCACUAUGUUAGCGGGGCGCGAGGUUGUAUGCAGCUCCACGGAAGUCUCCAUCUUCGACCCACCUGCAGGUCAAACCUGCGGUCAAUACCUUGGCCCGUACGCUCAGGCUGCGAUGGGUACAAUCCAGAACCCAGAAGCCACGGCUUCAUGUCAAUACUGCGCGAUAUCGAGCGCCGACCAGUUCCUGGCUGGCAGCAGCAUUUACUACGGUGAGCGAUGGAGGAACUUUGGCAUUCUCUUCGCUUUCAUCUCAUUCAACGUCUUCCUUGCUCUGCUCACGUACUGGCUCUUCAGAGUUGCAGAUCUCAGCAGCAUCACUGCGAAGUUCCACAAGACAAAGAAAGGAGCAAAGGCAAAAGGUACCGCAGAGAAGGCAGGAGAUGGUGCUGGCGAGGUAGCUCGGCAAGGAGCGCACCCUGGAAACCGAUCUGGGGAGAAGGACACCGCUUGAUGGCUGAUUUCCGGGUUUUCUUUGGUCAGUGCUGUUUUUGCGGCUCAAAAUUUAGCCCCGUGCUUUCAUCGGACUUCUGUCGUCCAUUUCUUUUCGGUGUGGGGCCCCUCUUCAAUCGAUCAUAUUAGAUCGUAAUAUUCAGCUUAGCGCAUAAUAAUAUUAUACACUGUACAUACAGCCGUGAUUAUUGCCAUGCUGUGGUGUGACCUCGU